AUGGACGACGAACAACCUGGACCAUCAAAUCGGCUACCAGUGAUUCAAAUUGAACCAUCGGAUCAACCGGGACCGUCAAACCAACAAGAACCGCCAAACCAACAAGAACUCGAAGAUCAACCAGAUCAUCAACAAGGUGGAGCGAUGCGACGAGGACAUCAGUCUCGUCGUUCGGCACGACAAGCCCCCUACGAUCGGCCUGAACGCGGGGAGCGUGAUCGACAAGAUGAUGAUGAAGUGCGGCUACGUGUGCCAGAGAUUGAAUUACGACCAUUCAAUUUUCCUGGGCGUGGUCCUCCGGAAGAACUGUUAGCUGAACUAGUAAAUCAAUUAGUUGCAGCAGAGCGGUCGAGGUCUCCAUCGUUAGACCGUUUUGACGGGCGUGUAGAAUCACCCGAGCGCGAUGUCCAGCCGAUUCCAGAUGAGAUGAUGGAGGUAGUAUUGCCAGAAGUUCCAACGUAUGACUACCAAGCUGUUUGUAGGAAUUGUUCAAUUUUUCGACUUCCUAAUGAAACUUGGGAGACUGCCUAUUCAUAGUAAGUUACCUUUUUGUUUGGUGUUCAACUUCUUGCAGGAUUUAAAUUUAUCUAUUUGGAGAAACAAAGCUGUUUCGUUAAGUCUUUAAUAUUUGGAUUAUAUUGCAGUAUUUUUUAAAGAUUGUAUAUUGUUUUGGUUUUAGGCUUAUGUAUCUUUCACCUAAAAUUAUAAUUUAUUGUUUUUAAUGUUAUUUUUUGUUAUUUAAAAGUCUUGCUUGUCUUUUGUAAUGGAAAAUGUAAUUUUAUCUAUUCUUUUCAGUACCAAUCACAGAAUCUUCAGUGCUAGGUUGUUUAAUGAUGAAGAGAAAUAUAAAGUGUCUUUUGGAGCUAACGUCACUCUUUUUUGCUUCAUCUAUGACACCUCUGUUGUUGUGUUGGACUUGGACUUUUACAAUGUUGAUCGUGCAGAAAAUUACACGUGUUUGAGAUUACAGCCGAGAAAUAGCGACGAAACAGUGCAAGAAGUUCGGAUUUUUGACAACGGAAAGAAAUUGGCCAUGCAAACGAAGACACCUGAUGGACAACAUUUUAGUGUCUUCAGCCUGGACCUUGCUUUUAGAUCAACCAACCGCAGAUUGAAAGACAUGUUUAUCUACAAGACCAUUUUACACCCAGGUUUCACUGAAAGAAUACAAAAUAUGGGAUACGUGGUCGACUGCUUGAAUAACAUUGGUGUCUACGGAGGUGCGAGGCUGUAUCGAUCUGGCGGGGACGAUGAUUCCAACAAGUACAUGUGGUCGUCGACGGCAAUACGAAAGGAGGAUCAGGCAGUAAGUCAUUUAAAAAACCGAAAGUUAAUGCUACUGAAUUAAAUAUUUUUUUACUUUGAUAUUUUCUUAAAUGUCAUCUCUUACUUUGUGCGAGGAAAGUAAUUCCAUUUCCAUGCUAUUAUUUAACUCACCUUCAUGUUUCAGUCAAGAGAAGAAAUUCGCGUCUAUGAUCUAACGAAUCCCAGAGAACCCUACGUUAUUUUUAACAGAAAAUACAAUAUCUUGCCGCAGGCGGAAAUAAAGAUUUUGUCACGUACUCGUACUGUAUGGAUCAGUAAGUUAUUUUUUAUAAUGGGUUUUCAGCUGUAGCAGCUAAUUUCCUUAUACGUCAUUUUAAAUUUAAAAAAAUGGAAGGUAAUUUGCCAUAAUUUUAUUUGUAGACUCAAAAAAUUUAAACUUCUUUUUUUCUCUUCCCUCCCAGAUUGAAAUUUCUUUUUUGGAAUUGAUAUUGGUUGAGAACAAUAUGUUUUUAGACGAAAUCCGAUAUUAUAAAGGUAAACCAAUGGAGAGAAACGUGGCUCAUCGUGUUCCACGAGCUUACAGAUUAGGAGAGAAUACCAUAAUAAGACCUCAGUUUAAUGAACUUUUUGGUGAGUGCUUGUUAAUGCAUAUUGCCAUUUACUUUAAAUUUACUUUAUGAUGUUGUAUUUAGAUGAGUGCACUAUACAUGCAGACACUUGCACGUGCCGAUGGAAACCUCUCACCGACUACAUUCUUCAAAAUCAUGAUGGGGAGGUAAGAACCUAUUGAUAAUUGUCAAGUGAUAUAACAAUGUUAUCUGUAUUCUGUGGUUCUUAUUAUCACACUUAUAAUAUCUAUCAUAACGUUAUUGAUGAAUUUCUGGGUAUAUUAAGAACCUUCUGUUGUGUAAAAUAUUGUUUUAGAUCUGUGCUUACAAUGACACAAAUGACACUUGGGAAGAUGUAAGUUAUGCUCAAAUCUUAGGGCACAAAGUGGGCAAAGAGGUCAACCGGUUGAUGUCGCACAGUCUCGGCGACAAACAUGCCAUUGUCUCUGAGGAGACUUGCGACACAAAUGUUAUAAAGAAGACUUUGUUCAUGUUGGAAAUAAAGGAAGGUAUGUGUUGGUUUAUGGCUGUUAUGUUUGGAUAAGUUUAGCAGUUUUUUAAGGGGGGGGUUGGAUCAGAGAUCGCAUAAUUUGUAAUUUUUAGAAAUUUACGAUAAAAGUAUUUAUUUUAUAUUGAAUGAACUGUCGUACACCUGAUGAAUAUUAAGUUGACUUAUUAUGUUCAAUAUAUCUGUUAUAUUUCAGGACUACCAUAUCCCAUUGAUAUUGGCGACUGCACUAAGCUGUCGAUGGAAAACAACUUAUUUUCUGAACUAAAUGACCGCAUUCUUGCCGGCUUUGAAAAUUAUACUGGCGGCACGGACAUGAAUCUACAUCUUCACAGGAUCGUCAAAGAAUGUGUGCACGAUUAUAUACGGGGGUUUGAAGAACAACAUAGAGCGGAACCUUAUUAUUAA